CAACAGGGAGGCUUUGAGGCACGCUUUAUGCUGUCCCCACGAAGGAACCGAAUGCCAAAUCAAUUUUGAAAAUCCUCUGACUCUGUGUCUGUGUUUCCUUACUUUCUUACACGAUUUGUGUUGGAGCGAGGUGCUCUGAGAUCGAUUUCUGGUGGUAGUUUCAAUCUCUUCAUCAGGGCAAAUGGAUGCCAUCAGAAAGCAAGCCCACAAGCUCCGAGAACAGGUCUCUCGGCAGCAACAGGCUGUUCUGAAACAGUUUGGGGCUGGGGCAUAUGGAGGUUCAGAUAGUGUGGUCACUGAUGGGAUGGAGCUUCAGCAACAUCAGAAACUUGAAAAGCUUUACAUAUCAACACGUGCAGGAAAGCAUUAUCAAAGGGAUAUUGUCCGUGGUGUAGAAGGUUAUAUUGUUACUGGAUCUAAACAAGUUGAAAUAGGAACAAAGCUGUCAGAGGAUAGCAGGAAAUAUGGCUCAGAAAAUACAUGUACCAGUGGUAACACAUUAUCAAAAGCUGCACUAAGUUAUGCACGUGCUCGUGCUCAAAUGGAAAAGGAGCACGGGAACCUACUGAAAGCACUUGGCACUCAGGUUGCAGAGCCCCUUAGAGCAAUGGUGGUGGGAGCUCCCUUGGAGGAUGCUCGGCAUCUUGCUCAACGUUAUGACAGAAUGCGACAGGAAGCUGAAGCCCAGGCAAUUGAAGUUUCCAAACGUCAGGCUAAAGUGAGAGAAACUCCAGGCAAUGCUGAGAAUACCAUGAAAUUGGAAGCAGCUGAAGCAAAACUUCAAGAUCUGAAGUCAAACGUGGCCAUACUGGGGAAGGAAGCAGCUGCCGCAAUGGCUGCUGUUGAAGCUCAGCAACAGCGACUGACCCUUCAGCGUCUUAUAGCUAUGGUUGAAGCAGAGCGUGCCUAUCACCACAGAGUUCUCCAAAUACUUGAUCAGCUUGAGGGAGAGAUGAUAUCAGAACGGCAGCGUAUUGAAGCCCCUUCUGCUCCUAGCAUGGAAGACAGCAUGCCUCCACCCCCAUCAUAUGAAGAAGCAAAUGGUGUCUAUGCUCCUCAAACACCCGAUGGAUCAACAGAUAGCAUGGGUUACUUCUUAGGAGAGGCUAUGUUUCCAUACAAUGCUGUCUCUGAUGUGGAGUUAAAUCUGUCAGUUGGUGAUUAUGUUGUUGUUCGGAAGGUAACAAGCAAUGGGUGGGCUGAGGGUGAGUGCAAAGGUAAAGCAGGUUGGUUUCCUUUUGGUUACAUUGAGAGAAGGGAAAGGGUUCUUGCAAGCAAGGUGGCUGUACUAUUCUAACUUCUGUUAUUGGGUUGGCUUCUUGCCCCGUAAAUUUUGAGAGUUUUUUCUACUGCUA